CUAUUGUGUGCAUUGACUUGGUAGCUGGCACUGAAGGGGCAGAGAGAGAGCAACGACUCGCAAUGUCUCCCAAAAAGGCAAAGAAGAAGGCAGAAGGAGCCAGCUCUAAUGUAUUUUCCAUGUUUGAUCAAAGUCAGAUACAGGAAUUUAAAGAGGCUUUUACCAUCAUGGACCAGAACAGAGAUGGCUUCAUUGAUAAAGGAGACUUGAGAGACACAUUUGCUGCUCUGGGUCGUAUUAAUGUAAAGAGUGAAGAGCUUGAUGACAUGGUCAAAGAGGCACCUGGACCUAUUAACUUCACUGUAUUCCUUACUAUGUUUGGAGAAAAACUAAAAGGCACAGAUCCAGAAGAAACUAUACUGAAUGCUUUCAAGAUUUUUGACCCUGACGCAAAAGGUCAUAUAAAAGCAGAUUAUAUUAAAGAAAUGCUUAUGACCCAGGCAGACAGAUUCAGUCAGGAAGAGAUCAGCCAGAUGUUUAACGCAUUUCCACCAGAUGUUGCUGGUAAUCUUGAUUAUAAGAAUCUAUGUUACGUUAUCACCCAUGGUGAGGAGAAAGACCAGGAGUAAAAAUAUUGUGUCUAACAUGGAUUCUGAAAAGAAUUGAAGUAAAAUCACAUCAUCUCUUUUUUGUAAAGAAUAAAAAAAAACUGAAAAUGCUUAGUCUUUCAAAAUAUUAAAAUAAAAAGAAAUAAAAAAACUUUUUCCCA